CGUCUCGCUCAGGGGGUCCCCGGGGCUGGGGACCGGGGUCGCCUGGCUCGGGCCUGUUGCUGACUUCUCAUCCUGUCCCGGCGCUGUGGGGAACAGGUCGCUCCGUGCUUCUGUGAAAUCUUUCUACGUACUUGGAGAUUGUGGCGUGGUGGAGGUGUUUCUCUCUUUCUCUUGACCCCUUUGUGUCGGGCAUGCAGAUUUCUUCCCGUUUUAUGGUGCCUGUCACAGUAACACGGUACCUGUUGCUUCCCUCUGCGCCCUCCCCAGUCAUUGCUUUUCUGUAGUUGCUGGUCUUUCCCCUCCGUCUGGAGGAAUGGCAGAGUUGUGCUGGGGGAGCAUGGGUCACUGCUGACUGUGUCCCUGACUGUAGAAGAAAGGCUGCUGCGGAUUCUCAAAGUGCAGAGCUUUGGUCUCUGCUAGAGCCUGUGGAGGUGGCUAGCAUCCAGUAGCCUUUUUCCUUUGUCAUGCAUCCACACAAGCACAUCUCUGCAGAAAUUUGGGAAGUGGGAGAAAAAGAACAGGAUUGUUUACCCUCCGCAGCUGCCUGGAGAACCUCGCAGACCAGCUGAAAUAUAUCACUGUCGGAGGGAAAUAAAAUAUAGCAAAGAUAAGAUGUGGUAUCUGGCAAAACUGAUAAAAGGAAUGUCCAUUGAUCAGGCUCUUGCUCAGUUGGAGUUUAGUGAUAAAAAGGGAGCAAAGGUGAUCAAAGAGGUUCUGUUAGAAGCACAGGAAAUGGCAGUGAGAAAUCACAACGUGGAAUUCAAAUCAAAUUUACAUAUAGCUGAGUCAAUGACGGGCAGAGGCCGCUAUGUGAAGCGGAUUCGUUACCAUGGCAAAGGCAUGUUUGGCAUCAUGAAAAUCGUCAGGUGCCAUUACUUUGUGAAGUUGGUGGAAGGUCCUCCUCCUCCUCCAGAGCCACCAAGGACUGGUUUUGACCAAGCAAAAGAAUACGUGCAGCAGCUGCGAAGUAGAACCCUUGUUAAUACACUGUGACAAACUUUUGUGACUAUAUAAGUAUUUCUUGUUUGACAAUGUAAUUAUAUAAAAGAAUGAUUAAAAUAAUGUUUUAGUUA